ACUGGCUCUGCAAUAAAAUUCUAAGAUUAUGGGAUCCCCAAACCAGCUUGCAGCCCCACAGCCCUCCCGCCUUCCUCCCCUCUCUCCACGCCUCCCUCAGGCCGGUGGUGCCGUCAGGGCCCGUGUCUGAGGCGCCCGGUGGAUUCAGCAGAACAAACAUCAUAAAACGAUUAUUUGCGAGAGGAGAAGACCAUGUUGGGAGAACUUGGUCCCAGACACUGUCUCAUAAGCAGCAGAAAAACCGCAGGAAACCUAAGGAGCACGACCCUGACGGCGACGGAGGGGGUGCGCGCGGACAGCACUGGUCCCCUCCCGCCGACGCCAGGGCUCAAAUCGCAACGAAGACGGAGCGGCCACAAAUCCCGGCUUCUCCUUUCUUUCGCUAAGGCGGAGAAAUCGCCCCGCGGUCCCUGGCGCGCCUCCCGCGAAAAACGAGCAGUGACCAUUCCGACAGGCCGCCCGCCGCGCUCCCUUUCCGCAGACAAAGCUGCCUCGAAGGCGCUCCGCGGCCCCCGAGUCACCACGUUCCGUUCGGCAGAAGAAAGCGAAAGCGGCUGCUCCCUGACAGGCAGCCAGACAAUAGCGGCGGGAAGGCCGCUCCACGCCAGCACCUUUGUUUCCCUCGCGCCGGGAAACUAAGUCUCCAGAUGCCACAGAAACCAGAGACUGCUCUUCCUGCUCGGUCCUUUACAGCAGGCAGGAGCGCGCCGGCCACCUCCGUCGCGGGGAAGCGGCAUGCUGAGCCCCGCGCCUCGCUGUGCCCUCUAGAGCGAGCGGAGGAAGCAGGCGAAAAGCGGCUGCGGCCCGUUGCUGCCUUGCCGACGUCUCAGCAACUCCGGGCCCGGCGGCCUGGUCGGGAGGGAAGUAGCGCCGGCCCCGCGCGGAAGGAAACGCGCAGCGUGAUGCGGCUCAGUGCGCUUUUAUAGAACUGCGCCUCAAGAGACGCCGCGGUGGCUCCCGUUGGUCCGCGUCGCGUGUUCCCUGCAUUUGGUCCCUCGCUGCCCGCUGCGGCCUUACCCCUGCGCCUCGGAGUAGCCGCCGCGGGCCUCUCUGGUGGGGCAAGGAGACCUGGAGGCCGUCCCGGUGGCGAGAGUGUAGCGGCCCCGGCCUCUUGGGCCUUCAGCCUCGCGCCAGCCGAACCCUCUGCCAGGGCUUGGGCGUGGAGCCUUCGACGCGCCUGCGUCCUGGGCUGUGCGUCUGCCUGAGUCGGUGCCUCGCUUUGACGCCAGGUCGCGUCUGUCCCCUCAGGCUUGACAGCGGGUGCUAGCAGGUCCAGGCCGACUGACGGACGGAAGUCGGCCUUCCGCCCGGGUGCUCCCUCCCACGCCCACACGCCGGGCGCGGCUCAGUUUCUUCUAUUGUGACAAUAGAAAUGAGAUGAUGCGGAUUAAAAUUACCUAACGGCGCAUAAUGAGUUCUUCAGCGUCUAGCUAGUCCUACCAUAGGAUUAAUACCCAGAACCACGUGGGUGGAGCUGAAAAACACGAUGCUGUGGGGGGGUGGGGGGAAGAACCCAAAAUAGCUAUGGUCGGCCUGAUUCCAUUUAUAGGACAUUCUAGAAGAAGCAACGGUAGCGAUGCAAAGCGGUUGCCUGGUAAAGGAGUGGAACUGGACAAAAUGGAAUGCACAGGAGCGGGGGGGGGGGGAACUUUGGGGCUGUGGUGGGACAAUUUCAUAUCUUGAUAGGAGUGGCGUCAACAUGACGUAUACAGUUGCCCAAGAUCAUCAAACUGUAGUUUCUAAAUGGGUACAGUUUAUUAACAUUCAAAUUAUAAGAAAAGUCAUUUCCUCAAAAGUUGGAGGGUGGGGGGAAGAGUUAAAGAAGGUCGUGGCUAGGUGAUCGUUGCGGAAUAAGGGAGAAAAUCACAGUUUACAAAAUCUGAGAGCUAAAUCCGUGCUGUUUCUGAAUUGAGAAGCAGUGAACACCAGCAGCAGGAAUUGCUUAGGUCCAAAAAGCUAUGCUCUACCGGACCCGGUUGAUGUGCCUCCCCGGAUUUACUCUGUCCCACCGUCCACCUCUACGCCGGCCUGCAACUCUUGCUUAGGGUAGAGGCCUGGCCUCCAGUGCCAUCUCCCGACAGCCUCCCCCAGAUGAGGGUCAUGCUUCAGCACUGCCUCCCUGACACAGAGGCUCUGAUGAUAGGAUGCUCUCAGACUCAGGUGAGAAAUUUGAAGGAACAGAGUGCUCUUCCCUAGCAGUUACCUGGAGGGGUCAGGUGCUGCCCACAGAAGACUGGGAGAGUUAGAGCCCUGUGAGGCAUACUUUCCCCAAAGGGCACAGAAAGGAUGAAGUAGCCAGCAUAGAAACUCCUCUCCCUGCCAUCCACACAGUCCCAAGGCAUGCUGGUUCUACAUGAUUUGUCUGGAAGCUGUCCUUGCAUGUGAAGUUGUUUUCAGCUCAGUAAUGUACCACCUUGUAUUUGCCUGCCUUCGCCUUUCCUUUCACCUUUAAAACCCUGGAAUUGUACCUCCUAGUAAAAUCUUAGCACUUAAACUUGG